AUGGCGGUUGGAAAGAACAAGAGAUUGUCCAAGGGAAAGAAGGGCCUGAAGAAGAAGGCUCAGGACCCUUUCGCACGAAAGGAUUGGUACUCCAUCAAGGCCCCUGCUCCUUUCAACAUCCGAGAUGUUGGUAAGACCCUCGUGAACCGAACCACCGGUCUUAAGAACGCGAACGAUGCCCUCAAGGGCCGAAUCUUCGAGGUUUCCCUAGCCGACCUACAGAAGGAUGAGGACCACGCAUUCCGAAAGGUCAAGCUACGCGUCGAUGAGGUCCAGGGCAAGAACUGCCUAACCAACUUCCACGGUCUUGACUUCACCUCCGACAAGUUACGAUCCCUCGUACGAAAAUGGCAAAGUCUGAUCGAGGCCAACGUCACGGUCAAGACUACCGAUGAGUACCUCCUACGUCUCUUCGCCAUUGCCUUCACCAAGCGACGGCCCAACCAGAUCAAGAAAACCACCUAUGCUGCUUCAUCUCAGAUCCGUGCCAUCCGAAAGAAGAUGGUCGAGAUCAUCCAGCGAGAGGCUGCCACCUGCACUCUGCAACAACUGACCUCCAAGUUAAUCCCCGAGGUUAUCGGCCGUGAGAUUGAGAAGGCCACGCAAGGAAUCUACCCCCUCCAGAACGUCCACAUCCGCAAGGUCAAGCUCCUUAAGUCGCCCAAGUUCGACCUUGGUGCCCUGAUGAACCUGCACGGAGAGUCCACGACGAAUGAGGAGGGUCAGAAGGUUGAGCGGGAGUUCAAGGAACGGGUCCUUGAGGAGGUCUAA